AAAAACAUUUACCUAUAUAAACGUUACAAAAUUCACUUGAAAAACAUACAACUGUUUAAUUCCAACGAAUCAAAACACUCAAAAAAUCCAAGCCAAGAUGUUCAGAACGAUCGUACUUUUCGCUAUCUUUGCUUUCGCCGUUGCUGUUCCAGCACCUGAAGCUAAGGCUGCUCCAGAGCCUAAAGCUAAACCAGGAGUCGCCAUUGCUGCUCCAUUACUGUCUGCGUAUAGCGCUCCCCUUGUUGCUGCUCCCGCUUACUCAUACGGUUAUUCAACGUACGCUGCAUCUCCCUAUGCCUACGCGGCUCCUUACGCUUACCCAGCUGGUUACUCAGCCCCUAUUGUUUAUGCAUAAGAUGUUAUUAUUGUUGCAAUGAAAUAAAUGACUAAUUAUCAGUAAA